CGAAAAUUUUCAUAUCAUCCACACGAGUAAACAUUGUAUAAUGCACAAUAGUGCUCAUCAUGGCAUCGUGACGAGGUAAAUGUUUGAACGUGGUCGUCAUCACAAGAGUCGUAGACCGUUUCGCUGCUGCGAACACGAAACAAAGUAGAACCGUAACUGUCUACGGACGCACGUACGGAAACGCCAUUAAACAGUGCGCACAGCUCGAUGUAGCUACUGGACCGUAAGACCACUAAUAUUACGUAUUUUAGACAGCGCAAACCGUUGGGUAGGUGUACUGUGAUUGUACCUGCUGUCGGCGGAUCCGUUCCUAGACCGUUCGAUGGAGACACCUGAAGAGAUCAACGGUCUCAAAGAAACCGUGGUUGCGACCAAAGUGGCCAAAGAUGAAACUACUGUGACCGAAGAUGAGACGAUUGUGGCCAAACACGAUGAGACCACAGUGGUCGAUAGUGAUAUGAAAAAAGAAGCUUCCGAUGCCAUUGAUGAGUCUCCUCCUGUUGAAUUUACCAUAAUCCAUAACAAAGAUAAAUACACAGUUUCCAUGCCACUGUUGUCUACAAUUGGUCAGCUCAAAGAUAAACUGGUUGACAUGAUAGGUGUACCUAGCAAGAUGCAAAAAAUCAUGAUCAAAGGUCUGGCAAAAGAUGACCAAACUUUAGAGUCUUUGAAUGUCAAUUCAUCUUCCAAAAUUAUGGUAGUCGGUGCCAAGCUACAAGAUAUUGUAGCCGUAUCAGUAGCAAAUGUGGAUGAGGACUCAAAUGCGGCCAAAUCUAGUUCAACGGUUAAAGAACCAUUGUGUAAAAAGAAACUACACAUGAAAGUGUUAGAACGUGGUAUACCAGAUGAUGCAAUGGUUGGAAUUUUAAAUAUUAAGGAUCCAUUACCACCUUACCCUUUAAGUGGAAUGCUUAACAAACACGGGGGAAAAGUAAGACUGACAUUUAAAUUGGAAUUGGAUCAACUUUGGAUAGGUACUAAAGAGCGAACUCAAAAAAUAGCCAUGAACACGAUCAGACAUGUAGUUAGUGAACCUAUCGAAGGACAUGCUGAAUAUCAUAUAGUGGGUUUCCAGUUGGGCACGACAGAAGCUUCUCGUUAUUGGGUAUACUGGGUACCAGCACAGUAUAUUGACUCCAUAAAAGAGGCUAUAUUUGGAGGUUAAAUGCGUCUUGUUAUUAUUCUAGUCGUUUAUUUUUCCUUAAAUUACUUAUUAUUUUACAUUAAUUUAAAAAGAAUAUAUU